AUGGCUGACCAGGCCAGAGCAGCGGCACGAGACAGGCCGCCGCAGUCGUCCCAAGACCUUCGCGCAAGAAACACGCCGAUGACGUCGCCUGCCGACAUGCGUCCGCCACCUUCUUCCGACCUCUGUGACUCUGCCGAGUCCUCCGACCGCGCGACCCCGAUACCUCGUUCGCAUACCCCUGGCCACUUGUCGUCCAAGAGCCAGGACCGGCGUCCGACCGACAAGCCCAUUGAGAUUGCCAUCCGCCAGCGAUCACAAUCGUCUGCUGCGGCAUCAAGCAUUUCCUCGUCCUCGACAAUUGUUCCCUCUGCCUCCUCUUCGACUACAUCCUUCACCAUUGCCGCAUCAGCAUCAUCAUCCCGGUCCCUUAACAACCCCUCGUCGUCCCGACUGCCGAGCACAAGCACAAGCACAUAUGAAAACGAUGAUAGCAGAGAGACACAGGACUCUUCUGCCGCAAACAGCAACCGAGAUGCCUUGAACGGAUCCGGCGCGGCCACAACCAGCACUUCAUCCGCUCCGCGGCGACCAACCGCAUUGCGCUCCACCUCCGCCAUCGCAGGCCGGCCCGCGCCAGGGGGAGGUGCGGGCACAGGCACAACGGGAACGAGUUCAGGGUCCGGAACAGCAAUCAACACUUCCAGCAACGAUACCAACAAGAGCAGAACUAGCAACAGCACGAGCGGCGCCUCCCGGAUGCGGGGCAUGCCAGCGAAGGGAGCCGAGACGUACACGCCGUGUCCUCCACUGAUAGACCCCAAAACGGCGCCCAAUGUGCCGGAAGCCCCCUCAUCGGGCAUGUACUGGACGAAAGCCAUGACAUCGGGCCAUCCACACACGGCUCUACGGGCACAUACUGCGACCAUUGUCGGCUCCAAUGUGUAUGUGUUCGGCGGCUGCGACUCCCGUGCGUGUUUUAACGAACUGUAUGUGCUGGAUGCCGACAGCUUCUACUGGUCUCGGCCGCACGUCGUCGGCGACAUCCCCGUGCCGCUUCGUGCCAUGACGUGCACGGCUGUGGGGAAGAAGCUGGUUGUCUUUGGCGGUGGCGACGGGCCGGCGUACUAUAACGAUGUUUACGUCUUGGAUACUGUCAACUUCCGGUGGUAUAAGCCAAAAAUUGUUGGCGACAAAGUACCGUCGAAACGGCGCGCGCACACUGCGUGCCUGUACAAAAAUGGAAUCUACGUGUUUGGAGGCGGCGACGGUGUGCGUGCGCUCAAUGACAUUUGGCGCCUUGAUGUUAGCGACAUGAACACGAUGUCAUGGAGGCUUAUCUCCGGCUCCUCCUCGUCCUCAUUAACGGCCAAUGGCCGGUCCGGGGGUGUGGCCAAGGAGAUUCGCCCCAAGGCUCGCGGCUACCACACGGCCAACAUGGUCGGCAGCAAGCUGAUCAUCUAUGGAGGGUCAGAUGGCGGCGAAUGCUUCAACGAUGUGUGGGUGUAUGACGUGGAGACGCAAAUCUGGAAGCAGGUCAACAUUCCCAUCACCUACCGGCGACUAUCGCACACAGCGACCCUUAUCGGCUCAUAUUUAUUUGUCAUUGGCGGCCACGACGGCAACGAGUACUCUAAUGAGGUCCUGCUGCUCAACCUGGUCACUAUGACCUGGGACCGCCGCAAGGUAUACGGCCUGCCGCCUUCUGGCCGUGGAUACCACGGGACAGUGCUGCACGAUAGUCGCUUAUUGGUCAUUGGAGGCUUUGACGGGACUGAGGUGUUUGGUGAUGUUUGGAUUUUGGAGUUGGCGGUUCACUCGUAUUAUUCGCAAAUCAGCCACUUCACUAUCGAGGUAUAG